AAACAUGUAAACACGACAUUUUUUUUGUUUAUGACCCGAACUCCCGAUCACGGUCUUUUAAACACCGCAAAGUGUCCGUCGCAUAUGUUCAUUAUAUAUGUCUGUUUGUUUAUACAUAUUACAUCUGAAGUGCUUGUGCUAUACACACAAUGUUUGGUUAAUUCUUGCGUUUUAUAAUUUUCGAUUUAGUCUUUCAUCGCCGCUCCGCUGUUCUAGUCUACUCGCAAAAUUUUCAUCCUUUCGUCAAUAAAUGUUUGCACUUUAACAAACGAAGUGUUUAAUUUUGAAUCGCUUUUAUAUUGUACGCAUUUAUAUAUGGUACAGCGGUCUUUUAGCAAUACAGUAAAAGUACAAAGUGUUGUAUAUAUAUUGUGGACUAGUGGUGAACCAUUAUACUUCAAAAAAAAAAGAAUAUUGAAAGCAGUGAAUAGAUUACUCGAUUGUUGUUUCUUUUUUUUAUUGUGAUCAAAAAUAGGCAGCGUUCAAAAGUAGCCGGACGAGUAAUAAAUUAAUAAAUUUUGAUUGAAUUAUAUAAAUUAAAAUUACCAAUGGCCGCGACCAGCGUUGUUGUUUUGGACCGAGGUAACAACACAACCUGUACAAUUAAUUUACAUGGAGCCACAGUGGUAUCGUGGAGAGUUAAUAAUCAGGAGCAGUUGUUCGUGAGCAAACUAGCAGUAUUCGAUGGAAAGAAAGCCAUUCGAGGCGGAAUACCAUUCGUUUUUCCUCAAUUUGGCCCAUGGUCUUUCGGACCGCAACAUGGAUUCGCACGAAUUACCCGAUGGGCUUUGGAACGGCCACCAGAACGUUUACACAAUGGUGACGUUGAAGCUUUAUUUAGUCUAAUGGAUAACGAUUUUACGCGCUCAAUGUGGAAUUAUCCGUUUCGAAUAACAUAUCGUUUGAUCUUACGAGAAAAGGAAUUGCACUUUCACAUUGGCGUUUACAAUCCCAGCAAAGAUUUGACCUUUUCGUUCAAUUUACUGCUUCACACCUAUUUAAAAGUUCCUGAUGUACGGAGAUGUCAAAUAACUGGUCUGCAUGGAUGCACAUUCAUUGAUAAGACAAGAGAUGGACUUAUUUACCAGGAAGGACGAGACGUAGUAACAAUAAAUGAAUUUUGUGAUCGAAUAUAUCAGCACACUCCACAGGAGCACAUAAUUACAAAUGUAGUCUCUGGCCGAAAGAUGCGACUGCAAAAAUACAAUUUUCCCGAUACGGUCAUUUGGAAUCCAUGGGUCGAUCAAGCCAGAGAAAUUGCCGAUUUCGGUGAUGAUGAGUAUCCAAAUAUGGUUUGCGUGGAGUCCGGCCAUGUGUCUAGUCCUGUAAUCCUCUUGCCAGGCACCGCUUUCGAAGCAAGCCAAAUACUUCAACCACUCAACCACACUCUAGGUAAUGUGAGUAGAAACACCCGGGGUCGUAGCUCGUAGUAAGGAUAAGGACUUAUCGUUGUUGGCAAUGUCAUCACCAUCAUCAUCAUCAUCUUACCUAGCGUCAGCACGCAUGGUAGCUCCCACAUCAUCAACAGUACCAUCAGCGUCUGCAUCAAAUCUAUGGCCAAUGACAAAUGUUCCAUCGCCCUUUUCAUUUUGGAACAAUUAUCCGAAAAUUACGUCUCCACCGUCUUGCGGUGGCUUGUGCGGUCCCCAAACUGGUUGCAAUUUAUGUUCGUUGAACGUCUAAGAACUUUUGAACGGCAAUCUGUAAAAAAUAUUUUUUUUAUUUUUUGUUGUUGUUAUUGUUGAUCAGCCCAUUGUUCUGGAUGUGCUAACGGUGCAAAUUGCUAAUCAAAUUAUAAUAAAAGCUUCGAAGAAUUUUACGCCAUGCAAUAAAAUGCAAUAAGAAAACGUUCGUAGACAAAGUUCCUCAAAAUGUGGAAAACGUUUGCAACAAAUUUUAUAUUAAACUAUAGGCACGACCCAGAGAGUCGGAUAAUACGAUAGAAGGAUUCGAAGAUAUAAAAUACAGAAAAUUCAGUUAGUUUCUCCCUGACACUCUCCUAUUCGAAUUAUGCAAUCAGAACGAGCAGGUUACGCAGAAUUAAACUCAGAAUAAAAUUCAAAUCGGAACAGAAGCGCUAAUUUGAUGCGCUGGUGCUUAAUGAAGCCCUCAACCAAUGAAUUCAUCAA